GUGUCAAAAGUUCAGUCUCUUUCUCGUCUAUCGUCAACUAUAUCAGAUAAUUUUUAUUUUUAUUUUAGAUGUUAAUCACUUUUGUUUGGUUUAAUUUUAUUGUAAAGUAGUUUUAAGAUAAAAAUAGUUAAAUUAACAAAAUAAAAGAUAAGAAUUAUGAAUAGCAUGGGAUGGGCGUUAAUUUUUAAAAAAGGCUGUUGGUGUACACGAGAAUCUAUAGUAAUAAAUGGAAGCAAGUACACUAUUAAAGAGCGGAUAGCGCAAGGAGGAUUUAGUAACAUUGAUCUGGGUGAGAACACCCUAACUAGGAAGUCUUAUGCAAUAAAACGAAUAACAUGUCACAGCAUCGAAGACCAAAACUUUGCCUUGCGAGAAAUAGAACACUGCCGCCAAGUCGAUUCGGAGAAUGUUAUAAAAGUAAUUGACUACCAAUUGAAGGGCUCCGCGGAUAUUGUCAUAAACACCACCAGCCAGCUCAACAUAGUUCUACCUUACUAUAAACAUGGCUCCUUGGGAGAUCAUCUGACGAUGCGUUCGAAGCGUGAAGACCACAUGCCAGAAGCGCAGAUUUUGCAGAUAUUCUUGGGCAUUUGUGAUGGACUGAAAGCUCUGCAUGAAGCUAAGCCAAAUCCAUUGGCACACAGAGAUCUUAAGACGGCCAACAUUUGUUUGUCGGACUCAUUCGAACCAAUUAUUGUGGACCUGGGAUCAGUGACCGAAGCUCGAUUACAAGUGUGUGGCCAAUCGGAAGCACAGCGUCUGCAAGAAGAGGCCGAGGAACGAAGUUCGAUUGUUUAUAGGGCACCAGAGUUGUUUUCUGUCAAAAGCUAUUGCACUAUAGACGAAAGGACUGAUAUUUGGAGUCUUGGAUGUGUCCUGUACGCAAUGUGUUUUUUCCAUUGUCCAUUCGAUCCUAUUUAUGAGAAGGGCGACAGUGUUGCUCUAGCCGUCCUCAGUGGCAACAUAAACAUUCCAGAAAAUUCCAUUUAUUCCCAAGAUAUGCACGAGUUAAUUGAAUAUCAGCUGCGAUUAGAUCCAAUGGAACGUCCAUUCAUUUACAGUGUAAUCGAAAAGACGCACGAUCUGAUAGCAAAACUGGAGGGCAGAGUUUAAAUUGGACUAGAUUAUGGCCGUUCCGAGUGCAACUUUACUCUAAUAAGCAUUUUAUUUUGUUUUAUAUAUAUUAUGUAUAUUUUAUUUAAAUUAAAAAUCAAUUUCUUAACUAA